AUGCAGAUCUUGGCUGACAACUUCAAAAUUACCGAUAUCGACAAGGAAGGCAAGCUAUACACAAAGGUCUCAAGGAUAUACAUGCAAUCUCCUACAAUCUCCAUUGCCCUUGACUACAAUACCACCUUAUGCAAGCUUCAGAUGGGCCAUGCUGUUGAAGUACGUAUCUUUCGAGGAAUUCAUGAGAACAUAGACUGCUUCUAUCUGGCCUAUGGAAGAAUCUACAGUGUCGAGCCUAGAGACAAUAGAGUCUCUAUCACGGCAUCCUUUGGGGGCCUGCUACUGAUCAUGGAUGCUCCACAGGAGGCUGUUAAGGGCGUUGGAGAUAAGGAUGAUAUAUCCCUAGCACUCACCUUCAUACUAUAA